AUGCAGCUAUUGAAAGUUCAUAGGACUUUUCCAAAAUUAAAACAAUUGAUUACAAGACGGUAUGCACAGGCUUUACAAAGAGAACAGGAUGAGUAUACGGAUCAACCAAUCUAUCCGCCUAUAUUAGAUAUGACUUCAAAAGGAAAAAAGAAACGUGAAAGGGAAAGGACACGCGAAAAUAUCAAAAACAUUAACACGGUCGAAGAAAAACAAAUAGCUUUAAACAUGCCGCGAUAUUAUGGUUGGGAAUGCGUAAUGUUAACCGAAGAUAGCGUACCAUACAAUGCAAUGCCUAUGGUUCAACAUUACACAAGAACCCACUUUAAACCUGUGGAUAGCCUUCCUGAUGUUUACCAAGACUCAUCUUCCAUGGCUGAUACCGUGGUGCAGGAAAUAAAGUCAGCAAUUGAGGAUUGUAUUGUUAUUGAGAAUGAAGGAAUACAGCGAAAAAUUACUACAGUACUAAAUAAGAAUGCAGAAGCGCAAAGGGAAAAUGCACAAGCAAGAAAUAUAGUGAAACAGAUUAACAGAAUUAUAACAAACAAUUUAUCAGAUAAAGUUUCACAUAUAUUAUCCUCACAGGUGGACUAUGAUCCAAGACAUGAAGCAUUCUGGUUUGUCGGAGGCGUUGAUAUUCCUCCUAAAGUGUUUUUUGGCAGAAGGAAAAAGGGAUGGCCUAAAGAAGCUGCACUGGAACCCGUAAACAGACCCGUACAGUAUUUGGGUAUCCCUUUGUUGACUCUGAGAAAUCAUUUGCCAUUGAAACCAGUGAUUCCAUAUAGUGAAUGUGAGAACCCAGAAUUUAAAGUUGCACAAUUUUCUACCCUUCCUAAAAGUGUUGGCUAUUCGGCAGACUUUAGACAUGGCACAAAUAUUCCAGGAUUCUGGCCCGGCGAUUUUGAUGAAUUUGGCCUCAUUUCUUAUCAUGGCCGUGGUCAUAUGUUAGCCAGACCCGAGUCUUUUGGCACUGAAGAUAAUUUAGAAGCCCUCCAUUGCCAAGCUAUGAAGACUAGUUUUGGUUGGCUAUUAGCCCAAGCCAACUAUCAAGGCUUCACUACCUAUAAUGACCUGACUUACCCAUUAGUAACUCAGACAGUUAUAACAAAUGGAAAUUUAAUAUCAUUUUAUGUAUAUCAGUUAAAUACAAUUUCUAUGCACAAUGAUGAUCUUGAUAAUCCUAAACAUAACAUCUGCAUGGGUACAAAACCUAUGAAUCUUUAUGACACAAUUGAAAAUGGUAAAGUAAAAGGUUUAAAUGACGAUGUAUUGAAAAUGCUUGUUCAGUUCUAUUUGAAUGCUCCCGAAGAGAGAGAACAUGAUAUGAAACCCUACCUGGGUAAGGAAGAACAGUUUGUAGCAGACAUAGAAGAUGAUAAUAAACGAUCAUGGCUAGAAUCAACAUACAAACAUUUGAUGUCAAAUAGACCAAAACAUAAAUUGUUGCCGGAAACAUACUUGUGGGAGAGAAUAUAUAAAAUAGAACACAAUACAAGAUUCUUUGAAGCUAAGAGGAGGCCAUUUGAGUUGGGUACUAAUCCAUUUAUUAGAAGAUUGGAUGACCAUUUGCCACCAUAUAUUCCCAAGGCAUUGAGGCCAUAUCCAAGAUGUAGAAAGAAGUUUGAAACUACUUACUACCCAAAAGUGUAA